AUGAAAUCUGCAGCAUCUAUAAUUUAUAUGAAUAUUACUUGCAUUUUCCUGUGAAUCAUGGGAAGGUCCCAUUAUAAGUCAACUGCUUUGCUAUUUUCAUGCUGACUAUACUUUAUACAAAUAGCUUCAAGCUUCCAUUAUAAAGUCAUCCUGAAUAAAGUAUCAACUGGAUCUUCAAAAUUUGGAUCUGUCACAGUAUGGGCUUUACCGCCUGAGGUUUGCCCAUAUGGGAAAAUUGCGCCGUUUACGCCUUCCAUGACGCCAUCUAUAAUUGGACAAGCAGCCUUUUCAUAUACAGUGGACUGGGUGUCGUUUUCAUCAAAAACGUAG